AUGUUUCGAGAUGUCAAAGACCCAGUCACCUCGGUGAAAGCAAAGAGCACUGAUGAAGUCAGCCGUCGCCUAUGGGCGCCAUUCUUUCUGCGUCGUCCGAUUAUGGUCGUCUUUCUGAUCAGUUACCUAGCAUGCUUGGGUGCCCUCAUUGCACUGUACGUGUACACCCAACGCCAAAACCACACCUUGGGGAUCAGGACAGAUGGAGAGAGACUCUAUUAUCUCUGGACCUAUGGACCGACCGCAGUAUUUACCAUACUCACUGCCGGAUGGCUACAGGCUGAAUAUCGGGCGGCACAGCUGAUGCCGUGGAUCCUGAUGCGCCGGGGCCCGACUGCUGCGUCACAGAGUAUAUUCCUGGACUACCUGUCAAAAUGGAAUGUGAUGUCCCUUUUCGAGUCACUCAAGCAGAGGCAUUUUCUGGUCUCUCUCUGCGUGGCAGGGUCCCUCCUGCUCAACGGUGUCACAGUGUUUUCGACCGGUCUUUUUGAAUUAGACUCAGUGCUACUCACCGAGUCUACGGAUAUGACCGUGACGAGUAAAUUUGGUGAGACUGGUUUCAACCCAUUGACAAAGAAUGCCAAAGCCUUCGCAGCUUGCAUGGCCUUCUCGAAUCGCAACAUGACCCCCCCUGCUGGUAUCCACGGCAAGUACACCUAUACACCUUUUCAACCAGCUGCUUUGGAAUCCACCAGAAAUAGCACAAUUCCCGCAGAUAGAACCUACCAAGCAGAGAUUGAAGUGAUCAGGCCGUAUUUUGACUGUCAGAAUGCAACGAUUUCAUGGGAACUAUCAACGGCGAGAUUCACCGACAACGAAACCGCAGUGUAUACAGCCCCAGACGGGUGUCGGUAUCAAACAAGAGAGACGCCUUCUGUUUUGCUCAACUCCGACACGAACUUUGGAAUCAAUGCCGAAAUAUAUGGCUGUCAGGGCCAGCGACUCAAUGACACUGACAGUUCCGAUCCCCCAUAUAUCAACGAUUGGGACAUUGAUUUCCGGAUUUGGGCAUCCAUUGCCCCUUCUCAAACUCACAACUUGACAGUGCAGCAACAAUUGACCUAUGCCGACUACAAAAAAGAUCCGUUCCGUGUUGUUGUAUGUAAGCCCCAAUACACCGCAUACCAGGGCCCAGUAAGGAUCUGGCGUGAGGCCGGAGGGAGUGCCAACUCCGUGGAUAUUCAACCAGACACUCUGAACGUCACGAAGGGAAUCACGGGUGUACAGGCUGCAAAGCUAAUGUACAGUUCCCUAAAAUCUGCAUCGACUGGAUAUUCUACCACCGGAGAACCUUCUGGAUAUCAAUAUGUUUUCGCAGCAAACGGUACUUCAUGGGAUAAACUCUGGGCCGACACAUCUGCAUUUGAACACGCCGUCGCAGAUUCAUUCUCAUGUAUGAUGCAGCAAGUGUUAAAAAACGAUUUGUUGCAAGACGAACCACACAAUAUCAAGGGAACCAUGCAGUUGACCGAAGAUCGACUUUUCGUACGCCAGAUGUCGUUCUGGCUGAUGGUGGUACUGUUAGGCAUGUUGAUUGCCACUGUCGUCAUGCUACUGUGCCUUUUUGUACCGGUUGCAGUGUGUCCCAGAGACACAGGGUCAAUCGGGGGCCUGGCUACCGUUCUAGCCCAAAGCCCAGAGCUCAUGACUAGUUUUGAAGGUUCGCAACUCAAGACUGAGAUGCAGAUGGCAGCAUGCAGGCCGGGCCAGACGCAGUAUACCACCAUCGCUGACAUAGCAGGGACGUUCGCAAUUGUUCCUCAGGAUCAGCCUGUAUCCCGAAGCAUCGAGCCCAGUGAUGGUGAGGACACGCCGCAGUGGUGGCACCCGUUCGCCUCUACUUGGUUUGUUCGAAUUACCGUGGUUGUUCUCCCCAUUGCUGUCAUUGUCAGUCUUGAAGUCGCAUACCACAUCUCUACAAGCAGACGUGGAAUAACUGUGGUUGACGGGAAAUCACCUUACAUCCACUAUAUCUGGGUGUAUAUCCCGGCAUUGAUCAUGUUCGCAAUUCGCUGCCUUUUCACCUCUGUUGAGUUUGGCACACGCAUUGUCCAGCCCUACUCUACUCUCCGCAAGGGCUCUGCUCCCCCAGAGACAACAAUCCUCGAGAAUCAGUUGCGGAAGAUCGCUGUGUAUGGGGUAGUGGAUACACUCCGAAAAAAGCAGUGGGCAUUAGCUGCGGCGACGAUAGCUCUGCUUCUUGCGGCAAUCAACCCGAUCUUGGUCUCUGGUCUGUUCACAGCCAAGGUUUCAGGGCCUACAUUCCCUAUGAACCUCACUCAGUCUACUCGUUGGGACCUAGGCAAUCCUACCAAUGCCAGCCUCAUCAUGCGCUACUACAGUGAACAGGGUUAUAAUACCGACCACACGGCUGGAUUGAUCCUCAACCUCAACCUCACAGACCCCCAAUGGACGUACAACAACCUUGCAUUCCCACAAUUCUCACUUGCUAGCAACAACUCAUAUGACGAAGGAUACAUUGAUGUGCGCGUCCCUGCUCUCCGCAGCCGACUUGCCUGUGCUGAAGCUCCCGCAAACACCUGCGAGUACAUCCGGGGAAAAUUGUGGUGUGAGAGUAAAACUAACUCGACCUGCUUCUUUGAAACGUCCACUUCGACCGUCGCUGAUGUAGACUACUUCCUCGAGGCCCCCAUACAAUCAACCAAGAAUACCGGGCUUGCAGUAUGCCCUACAUUUUCCAUACUCUUUGGCAAAUACUCCAAUUCCAACCACACCAAAGCCAGCGAGUAUCAGUACCUCUACUGCAAUGCCACAUUGGAAGAAGUCGAUGUCGACACCAGACUUCAACUACCCUCUCUUUCCAUCGACACCGACACCCCGCCAAGGGUACAAGAGAGCUCAGCCCGACAACCCUUCAACACCAAUGCACGGUCUUUCCCAUCCUUUGACCUGCUGCGCAGCAGUUACCUCUUCAAAAGCGACCCCAAAUAUAACAACGCCUUGCUCGAGACGCUAGUCCAAGGCAUAGACGGUGUCCCACUAAGCGAGCUCCUGGCCCCCGAGAAAUUGAUCGCGCGCCUGGAAGUCGUCUACGGCGUGACAGUGGCCCAAUUACUCAACACUGGUGCCCGGAGCUCCUUCAGCGAGCCCUACAACAAGACCUAUUUCGUGGACCCUGCCACCAUGACCGCACCCACCUACACGGGUAUUUUCCACGACGGACGCAAGUACCUCGUGCAGAAUAUGAUCUCUACUCGGAUUUUGGACGGGGUGCUGGGCAGUAUGGUUGUGUGUGCUGUGAUUGCACUGUGUGCCAUGCGGACGACAAAGAUUCUUCCUAAGAGUCCGACUAGUAUCGCUUCUGUGGCGAGUUUUCUUUACGGCUCGCGUCUGCUGGGAUCUGUCCUUCCCCGCGGCGCGGAGUGGUGGUCUGAUGGGGAUUUGAAGAGGCGGGUAUUUGAGGGGCGAUCCUUCUCCAUGGGAUUUUGGGAGAAGAAUGAUAGACAUCGUGACUCUGAUGUUUCUAGUGUUUCUGAUGUUGAUGUUUCUGAGAUGCAUGAGCCGAUGGACCGGUCUACGUCUCGGACUAGAUUUGGGAUUGAUGUUGAUUUUGAGCGACGGAUGUAA